AAGCUUCCUAUGUGAUUAAUCCAAAAAAAAAUCUAUAAAUCGUAAAAAAGUAUUUGGAACAUAUUACGCAAACUAUAUUAAAAAACAUGUGGUAACUACCCCAAGAUGGUGAUUAACAUUUAACAAUUUAAGUGGGAAAUGAAAAUACAGAGAUUUGAGAUUCACGUGGACGGUCAGACUAGCAGUAAUAUAGUGGUGUUAUCAGGGACAGAUCUUAGGGGCACAGUAUACAUAAAUGUUUCCCAUUCACUCAAAAUUCAAAGCAUCAGUGUCUAUGUAUUAGGAAAAGCAAAAUGUAAGUUUGAUCGUAGAUCAGAUAAUGACAAGAGGGAAUUUACAGCCAAAGAAACUUAUGUCAAUUACAAGCUCUACUUGUUUGGAGGAUCUCAAACCCAGGCUCAGACUCUAGAGGCAGGGGACCAUGUGUACCCCUUUGCUAUCCCCCUCAAUACUGCUGGGGAGCUUCCCUCAUCAUUUGAGGGCAGGAAGGGCUAUGUGAGAUACACCCUUCAGGGGCAGAUAGCAAGGCCAUGGAAGGCAGAUGAGAAUGUGGUUCUACCAUUCACUGUCAUUAAUCAUCUAGAUCUCAACGCUUUCCCUGAUUCAGUGAUGCCAAUCAUGCAGUACAGGAGACAAGAAAUAUCAGGGUGUUGUUGCUCAGAAGGGGAGAUAAUUGCUCAGAUGAAGGUGAAUAAGUCGGGUUUUGUCCCUGGGGAACCUAUUGUUGUAGAGAUGGACAUUAACAACAAGAGUGAGAAUCCUGUGCAGGCCUGGAGUGUAGAACUUAUACAGGAUGUGACUUACACAGGAUUUUCUAACAGUUUGUUUUCCUCUGGCAAUCCAAAGUACAAAACUAAGAGUGAGACUUACACACUGUACGUGAAUCGAACAUUGGCAGUGGGGGCGGGGCAGCAUCAGGUCUUUACCCGGGCAAUGCCUGUCCCCUCCCUCCCUCCUUCCUACUUAAAAGGCUGCAACAUCAUAGACAUUCAGUAUACUCUAACAUUUAAAAUAUCCACUGGUUGGAAUACAAUCUCCUUGGAUAAUACAGUCAUCAUAGGGAGUAUUCCAUUGAGAAACAUAUCCUCCCAGGUCACCCAGCCAGUCCCCACAGCCCCAGAGGUCCAGGAUUAUCCCCCACCGGUAGAAAAUCAGGACUUCUCACUCAUGGCUCCCUAUCCUGAUGCUCCCCCUUCUUAUUCGGAGUGUGUGUCAGGGCCCAUCAGACUGGAGGGGGGUGAGGAGGAUGAGGAUAAUGCCGCCCCCCUAGCUAACUGGACCCCUGCCUACCCAGUGUAUGACUACACAGCCCAGGUCAAUCAGGUCAAUGCUGCCAUGCCUUCACCUACAGCCCCGCCCACUGCUCCCCCCGCCUACGAUGAGAUCCAGUUCUCCACCAUUAAAUAGUAAACCAAGGAAUUAAUGUGGACAGCUUUGAACAAAUGCAUGACAAUGCGUGGAUAUGUAUUAGGCAUUUUUAUGUGUCAAUGAAGGUUGAUUUUUAUUUAAAUGGGAAACCUUCUGAAGUCAAUGUUUCUUUGUUUGCUGAAUUAUUUAUGAUGUACAUUUAUUUUGUGUUUUAUCCAUUGUAGAAGAUAAAAAUGUAUUUAUAUAUAAACAUGUAUACUGCUUUUAUUAUUCUUUACCAAUAUCUUAAUUGGUUUUUUAAAAAUAUUUUUUUAAAUGUUAAGUUUGACCUUUUCAUGAAUGAACGAUAUUAUUAUUUUUAUGUAAAGUUCAGAAUACAGACAUAUGAAGUCUUUUUUUUGACUUCCAGGAAGUAAUUGAACAGAAAGUGUGUGGGAAAAGGUCAUUAAAUGUAUUUUGUGAAGAAGCAUUAAGUUUUUAGUUUGUUUUAUUUGAAUUUGGGCUUCCCAGUGUCUCAAGGUUUCUGUGUUACGUCCAGUUACAUGUAGCUCAUCAUGUUUUAAGGGUUUUUAUGUCACACUCCAUCAUCACCUGUUUGUUUUAUUUCAAAAUAUUGAAAAUUUUUAAAUCCUGUAAACCAACUUUUAUUCGUGUGCGUUAAAUAUUCGUGAGUUCUGCAACUGAGGUGAGUUUGCAAAUAUUAAUUGCCAUGAACCCAUAAUUUUCCGUAGUAUUUGUAGAGAAUGUUUCCUAAGUAGCGAAAAUUAAUUUCCACAGAUUCAUUUUAAGCAGAUGAAUCGGGAAUAAAAGAUGACACAAAUGAUAUUGGUUUACAGCACUUUAACCUUUCUCUAUAUGAAAUCAAGUUAUACAUUGUGAUAUUAUGGCUUUAGAUGACCUUUUUAUGUUUUUGGCUUAAAUAAAAUGGGAACAAUUUUUUGAUUCAUACUCUUUAUACCAUGAUUAUGGGUAUUAUUAGCUACAUAAAAGUGCUCAUACCAUGCAUUGAUGAACAAAUGAUUACCUCAUUCAUUGAAAGAUGAUUUUUAAAAAUGCCUCAUUUAAUUUUGAUUGAAUGAAAUUUAUGUGACUUUGGGGAAAGGGGGUUAAAAAGGGUUACAUAUCACCUAGAAAGAUGAAAAAAUAUGAUUUUUUUUCAGAUUGUUAUAGAUACUUGAAAAAAAAAAGCUUUUUUGUGCAUUGCAAUAUUUAGUUUUACAUAGUGUGACAUGUAGUUAGAGUAAAACCAGAGGUGACAGAAACUGUUUCCUUGUGUUCUUAAUUUUUUUGUAUCCAGGCUUUAAUUUGUUAUUGAGAGUUGAGAGAAAAAUAAAUGUCGCUUUGCUCUAGGAAUUCAUCUUUGCUAUGAACUUGUCUAAUGAGAGCCAGACACAAAGAAACAUCCAAACUUAAUUUUUAUUUCGUAUAAAACUAUUUUAAUAGGUAGUGUCUUUAUCUGAAAAUGAUUGAAAAUUUGAACUUAUCCUUCCGGUAAACCAUAUUACUUUGUUCAGCAAGUACAAAAUAUCCACACUUUGAAUAAUCAAGAGUUUUCAUUAUCUGAUGAUUAAAAGAAUCUCUUAUGAAUGAAAUGUUUUGAAAUAGAAUCACGUCAUGUUUUUAGCUGAGUAUUGUUAAGAAGUCAUUCAGUACUUAUUUAUAUGUCUUUAUUUUAUCAGUGCUAGAGACGCCAUAUCUUUGAUACAGAUAAUUGUGUAUUUAUUGCUUGCAUAUCAUUUUAUUUAAUUUCUUGUAGUUUUAUAUGCUAUAUAUCAAGUUAUAAGGAAACAAUUUACACCUGAUUCAUGUUACGUUUUAUUUUUUCCUCGAAUUGCCCCAAAAUGGGGUACUGUAUUAUAGAGGAAAGGUGCAAUUAGAUGUAUUUUAUUGUUUACAGUAAUUGUUACAUUUGAUUUGUUUUGUUUUAUGUGUUUGAGGAUUAGUCUCAGAAUUGUGUCACAUAAAGACAAGAACCAAUAAAGGAAAAAAAAAGUAUUUGUAUUAAGAGAAAUGCAGGGAAUUAAUCAGUGUGUGACCUAAUACCACAGGGUUAGUGAAUUUGUGUGAAGUUUUGUAGGAGGAAUGUGUACCACAGUUUCUGUAUAUCUUAAUUAGGUUUCCU